AUGCCUUUCGAUAUAACAACUUGCGCGAGGCCGAAUAUCCUCAAGCUCGAGCCGUACAGAUGCGCAAGAGAGUGAGUUAAAUCUGUAAAGCUUGAGGCCAGAUAUCUAUGGCUGAUCAUCCUUUCUCAUAGCGAUUACAAGGAUGACGGUACCAACAUCCUGCUCGACGCCAACGAAAAUGCAUACGGUCCGGGAUUGGCAUUGACCGAUGACGGCAAACUCGUCAAUGGCGAUGCUUCUAACAUCAAGGUCGAUCUGCUCGGCCUCAAUCGUUAUCCUGAUCCGUAGGUGGUAUUCUUUCACCGCGAGUGAGUCAUUGAAGUUGACAGUGAACAUAGUCACCAGCAUGAGUUGAAGCAAAUGCUGUGUAAUCUGCGCAACACUCACGCUCACACUGACAAGGACAUCACACCGGACAAUCUCUUCGUUGGCGUCGGCAGUGAUGAAGCCAUCGAUGCCCUGUUGCGUGCAUUCUGUGCGCCGGGCAAGGACAAGAUCUUGACAUGCCCUCCCACCUAUGGCAUGUACGCUGUCUCAGCGCAGGUCAACGAUGUCGAGGUCGUCAAGGUACCUCUUGACACCGAAAAUGGAUUCAGAGCGCAGCCAGACGAAAUCAACAAGAAGCUCUCCGCCGACCCAUCGAUUAAGAUGGUCUAUCUUUGCAGUCCCGGAAACCCUACCGGUAAUCUUGUACGAAAAGAAGACGUUCAGGCAGUCCUGCAUCACCCUACUUGGAAUGGCCUUGUGGUUCUGGACGAGGCUUAUAUCGAUUUCGCGCCGGAAGGCUCAUCCCUCGCAGAAUGGGUUGCUGAGUGGCCGAAUCUUGUCGUAAUGCAGACGCUUUCGAAGGCGUUCGGUCUUGCUGGUAUUCGAUUGGGUGCAGCUUUCACAAGUCCCGAGGUCGCGAAGCUAUUGAACAGUCUCAAGGCGCCAUACAACGUGUCAAAUCCCACAUCACAGCUUGCAACACAGGCAUUGCAGCCGCACAGCCUCAAAGUGAUGCACAAACACCGGGAGCAGAUCAUCCAGCAGCGUGAUCGAUUGCUUUCAGAGAUGCCAAGAACAACUGGCGUAGGCCGUUUCCGGGGAGGUCGAGAGAGCAACUUCUUGCUCGUAGAAAUGGUCGACACAGCCGGCAAGCCUAGCAACGAGGUGGCUUUGCAAGUUUACGAAAGACUGGCCGAGAAGCGAGGCGUUGUGGUGCGUUUUAGAGGCAAGGAGCCUGGCUGCCUGGGCUGCCUGAGGGUGACAGUUGGGACGGAGGCAGAAGUAACCCGAUUCUUGAAAGAGCUCAAGAGCGUCCUUGAAGACAUUCACGCCGGACGUGGAAGUCAAUACUCGGUGGUGCGAGAAGAGAAGAAAGAGAAGGAAGCUAAUGCAGUAGUGGCAUAA